CGAGGCGCUGCAGACACGUCAUGACGCACGACGUCACGCGGUAGCCUCGGGUCACGUGACCGGUAUUGCGAGGAAGCGGAGUCCGUCAGAAAAAAUCCUCCCGAGAUGAAUCGAGCAAUUAUUAACACGGUGUUUGCGCUGUUAUGCCUUUUAUCAGGUGUUUUGGGUGACAGUUUGACUGUUUUGCGCAGCCCGCAGUACGUCACCUUUCGGGAUGGACAGUGGCCCAUAUCAGGAGAAAAGAUCCCUGAUCUAGUCGCCCUGACCAUGGGCUUCUCCGUGCAUGAGGAUCUUGAUUGGCCUGGUCUGGCUGCCGGUUCGCUGUUCCAACGUCCACGAGCAAAUGCUCUGAUCGUCGUGCGUGGCUUGGACAGCCUCGACUUUCCGAAAAACAUUUCCUCUUACCCCCUCGAAAAUCCGGUUCCCUUCACCCUGGACAGUGUGGCAAACACGGUGCACACUCUGUUUGCUGACAGCACGCCUGUGGUCUUGCAGCUCGCCCCAAGUGAGGAGAGGCUGUAUAUGAUGGGAAUGGCCAACACCGUGUUCGAGGACCUACCCGUGACCCUGCAGCAGAUCCGUGGACGUCUGUCCAAGGACGGAUCCGUCCUCACGUCCCUUCCUCUCAUCUCUCUCAGUCGUAAUAACGAGGCCGAUCUUCUGUUCCUCUCGGAGGUUCAGGUGCUGUACGACAUCUCAGCUCUGUUGCAGAAACACAAGCAUCUGGCCAAAGACCCGGCUCCUGACCUGUACUCUCUGGAGCUGGCGGGGUUAGAGGAGAUCGUCCGGCGCUACGGCCGAGACUCCCCUCAGUUCACCGACGCCACCAGAAUCCUGACGUCUGCUCUGCAGAAGUUCGCAGACGACGUCGCCAGUGUCUACGCAAACAACGCGGUCGUAGAAGUUGUGACCGUGAAGACGUUCGAAGCCCCUCUGACCAGGAAGUCACGCUCCAUCCUCGAGUCCAAGCAGAUCAGUAACCCAGGCAGCCCUUACAAUCUGGCCUACAAGUACGACUACAAUUACGCCGUGGUCUUUAACAUUGUCCUGUGGCUGAUGAUCGUCUUAGCUUUAUCCGUCAUCGUGAUCUCCUACAACCUCUGGAACAUGGAUCCCGGAUACGACAGCAUCAUCUACAGGAUGACCAAUCAGAAGAUCCGAAUGGACUGAUGUCAUCCACCGCAUCACAUUCCAUUUCGUGUGUUGCAUUCCGAAUGCGUUUUAUUGUUUUGAUGUGUGCACCACAGUAUUUGCUUGUAUAAAUGCUUCAAUCAAACACAGAUAUAUCGAUUAUUUAUUGAUGGAGAAAUACUAAUUCCGAGCGACGUUUCUUAACCGUAGAUUUGCAUAAUGUGAAUCUACUGAACAGGAAGAUCUGGUGUUAGGAUGUGAAGAAUUGAAAUCGAACUCUAUUUAUUGUUUGUCGUUCACUUCAUUGUGCUGUUAUCCUUCCUGAAUACUAGAUAUGGUGGAUUCGCUCCAUUGCCGUGUACAUUUAAUAAACGUCGUUUUCGUUGAAUAUAACUAUACAGUAGAAAAUAAUGACUGUUUGUUGUGUACAAGGCCGUAACCAUUUCUUCAGCAUUGAGCAUUUUUAAUAAGGUAUAGAAAUAGAACGGUCAAAGAAAUGCUAAAUCUAAUUCUAGGAGGAAAGGAAUAAUUUGUAACUAAAGCAUGCACACUUUCAUUAAUCUGUAUGGCGAAUAUGGCGAAAACGCAAACCUUUCUUGUCUGAUCAAGCUCAGUUUCAGGAAUGACAUGAAUCAUGUAAAAGAUACAAAAAUGGCCAUAUUUUGCGUCAUUGCAUCACGAGACAUUACCGCCUACUCUGAUUUGAUUGGUCAAGACUUGUAUUAAUCAUUUUGACACUGACAACAGCAUUUAGACUGAUUUCCCUCGAUGUCUAUGGUGGUUACAGCCCUGGUUGUGUAUAGAUGUUGUGCAAAAAUGUACAAAUGUCAAAUAAAAAACUCUUAAAAUGU